AUGCUUGCGCUUUCGUGGAUCGAGACUGCCAUGGGUGGCUUGGAUGGCAUAUGCCUCUUCAAAGGAGAGCCGAUUUCGGCUAGUUUCUCUCCAGCCAACUGGACUACUGACAAGGCCAGCACUCUCGGAAACACUACGGCACGGCCUAUCGAAAACAACACCCGCCGAUUCAAGGCAACCAUUUCGGCCGCAAUUGAGAAUUGGAUUAGAGCUUUUCUCUUCACGGUGCCUUACUUCGAAAUAGUGUUACAUUCGAAGGAGCCACUCUUCUCUUGGAAGUCGCCAAUCAUGAAUUCGUCGAAAAACCCACUUGUUCUGGUCUCGCCAAGGUCGAAACAACCCACCAGCCCACUACCGACACCACUACUAGUACUGAGCCUCCUGUGCCAACCCCAUACAUUCGCCAAAGCACACGGACUCGCCGGAGGGGCAAACAGGUGA